AAUUAUUCAAAAGAAAUGUCAUAAAUGUAUGUCAACAACAAAUGAGAAUUGUUGUUCUGUACAUCCCCUUUUUCUUGCUUACAUCUCCAAAUGGACAGAAUGAUAAUAAUGGAUAUCUGCACGAUACAUAUAUUUGAUCCAAAUUAAGAAUCAUUUAAACGGGACGUUGAAAAUGGAAUGACCUUGACUUACGAAUAACCAUGACUGAUGGUGUAAUUGGAAUUGGUCAAAUGAAUGAAUACCUGGAAAAGCCACGUCACAUUUGAAUGGAUUGUUAUCAUCAUAAAUCAAACAUGGGUUGCUGGAAUAAAUUUUGUCUGUUGAUGUGGAAAAAUUGGAAGUUGCAGUCACGAAAGCCAAUUGCAUUCCUUAUAGAAGUUGCUGUUCCCGUUUUGACUAUCGCAGUUUUUGUCCUGUUGAGGAGAGAAGCUCGAAACGUUGAUGUACCAGAGAAAGUCUAUGAUCCAUAUCCAAUAGUAGAUCGAGCAGAAGAUGUCAUCGCUUACUGCCCCAAUGACAACAAAUUCAUCAAUGAUAUUAUGUCGGCCUUCCCAAACGCAAUUCCAUUUGAAAAUAUCACAAAAAUGGAGGAUUAUCUUACUAAUACCAAAUUAAGUCCAAAUAAUAUAGGGAUACAGUUCGACCAGCAUAUGUCUCAAGAAUUAUCGAACAAUAAGAAUAUAUCGAUAACUUUCAGAGUUGUCAAUAAUUACAAUUAUUGGCAUACGGAUGAACUUUUUCCCCCAUUGGAAAUUGGAUUUAGCAAUAGAGGAGCUUCGGAGAGUGCAGGAGAAAAUCCUAAUUAUGGUACCUUCUUUGCUUCUACUAUGUACAGUCUAACAGAACGGAUUCUGCAAGUUUCGAAAAGUUCGUUUCGAUUGCCAAAAAUGUUCAUUCAAAGGUUUCCUUAUCCUUCGUACAUAAAUGAUUUUUUCCUGGAAAUGAUGAAUAAAGCCUCUCUAUUCGGAUAUUUAUUCAUGACGGCUUUCAUAUACACUCACACCAACCUAGUCAAGUCUGUAACUUACGAAAAGGAGAAACAACUUAAAGAAUCAAUGAAAAUAAUGGGAUUACCCACUUGGCUUCACUGGACAGCGUGGUUCUGCAAAUCCAUCGUUCCAUAUUUGAUCAUCACUAUUUUUCUGGUAAUCAUGAUGAAAUACGAAACUCGGUAUGGUCCAACAUUACUCUAUGCCGACUGCUGUUUGCUUUUUGUAUUUUUUAUUCUUUUCUUGUCGGCCAUGAUAACGUAUUCCUUCGCAUUGAGUGUGUUCUUCACUAAAGCAAACAGGGCCUCUGCUUUGGCAGGAACAAUAUGGGUGCUCACUUUAAUCCCUUAUAUAAUGACACGUGGGGAAAAUCAAAGCAAGAAUGUCAAAUAUCUUUCAGCUUUGAGUGUGACCAGUGCUAUGGCACACGGAUUUGAUAAAAUCGUUUUAAACGAAGCAUCGAUGGAAGGUGUGAAGUGGGGCAAUCUAUUCAAGACAGAUAUACAUAAUAGCAUUACAUUUGGAGGGAUCCUCUUAAUGUUAAUAAUAGAUCUGGUUUUAUACAUGUUGAUCGCCCUUUAUAUUGAGGCUAUUUAUCCCGGAGAAUUUGGAGUGCCCCAAAAAUGGUAUUUUUUCCUGACACCUGAAUUUUGGAGUAGAAGAAGUUCUGAUCAAGACGAACUUCUUCUCGAUUGCAAUGACAGCGAAUUCUUUGACGACGAUCCAACCGAACUGAAUGUCGGUAUAAGCAUAAGAAGACUGGGAAAAACUUUCGGUGCCAACGAAGCGGUCAAGGAGGUGUCCUUGAACAUCUACGAAGACCAAAUAACAGUCCUUCUCGGUCACAACGGAGCUGGUAAAACUACAACCAUGUCCAUGCUUACUGGUAUGAUUCCACCAACUAAGGGUACUGCCGUCGUGAAUGGUUACGACGUUAGGACCCAGAUAAUGGCUGUUAGAGACAGCAUGGGUGUGUGUCCCCAACAUAACGUUCUCUUCGAUGAUCUUACUGUACGGGAACACCUCAUAUUCUUCAGUAGACUGAAAGGGUGCUCGGGGGCUGGAGUGGAAGAGGAAGUGAAGAAAUUCCUCAGUUUACUUUCGUUGGAGGAUAAGGAAAACUACAAAUCAUCUCAAUUAUCAGGGGGAAUGAAGAGAAAGUUGUGCGUAGGCAUUGCUCUUUGCGGAAACUCCAAAGUUAUAAUACUCGAUGAACCCACCGCUGGAAUGGAUCCAUCAGCUAGAAGAUUCAUUUGGGAAUUUUUACAAAAACAAAAGAAAGGUAGGACAAUUCUUCUUACGACUCAUUUUAUGGAUGAAGCCGAUCUACUGGGAGAUAGAAUUGCCAUAAUGUCUGGUGGUGUUAUAGAAUGUUGUGGUACCAGUUUCUUUUUGAAGAAGAAAUUCGGUGCAGGUUAUCACUUGAUCAUUGAUCAAAUGCCAAAUUGCAAUCCCAACCACAUAACAAAUAUCUUAAGAAAGUACAUCCCUAACAUUGAGAUCGAAACGAAUGCUGGCACCGAGUUGACCUAUCUUCUACCUGAAAAUUAUUCAUCCAAAUUCACGCAUCUUUUAACCGAGAUAGAAAAUAAUACAGAGGAACUAGGCAUAAGAAGUUUCGGCAUAUCUUUGACGGACCUGGAAGAAGUCUUCAUGAAAGUUGGAAAAAGUAAAACUGGUAAAGCUCUGCCUAAAAGUAGAGGGAAUGGGAGCAGUCAAGGCGAUACCAACUCGACAAACGUGACUAUUGGUAUCAACAACAAAGAGAUCGGCGCAGCUUUGUACUUGAACCAAUGUAUUGCAAUAGCGAUGAAAAAACUGAUAUCGACCAAAAGAACUUGGGGAAUGGAAUUGUUGAAAAUAGCCCUUCCCAUAGCUUUUCUAAUUUUUGCAUUCAGUAUCGACCUAUCAGGAUUUACGAGAGCAAUCUACAAGCAGAGACGCUUCGAUCUGAAUCAAUAUGAUCAUCCCAUCACUAUGGUCGAAAGCAACGGAAAUCUGCAAGAACCUUAUAUUAAUAUGUUAACGAAUAUGAGGCAGAAGUUGGAAGAAACUGAAGAUAUGAAUGAAAGACUGCUUAGCUUGACGAAAAAAUCACCUUAUCUUGUUAGAUACAAAUACAUUGUUGGAGCAUCUUUCAAAGACGAUGCCGAGUAUGCUUGGUUCAAUGGAGAACCUUAUCAUUCUGUUCCUCUUUCACUUCAAUUAUUACUACAGCUGAAUUAUAAGAAGUUUCUAGGGGAAGAUUACAAUAUUAAUUUCGUCAAUUAUCCUUUGCCCAAGAACGCUAGUGAUGAUGACGUGAUAGGUAUUGAAAUUAUUUUAGGCAGUUUCGAACUGUUGACAUUUUCCCUUGCCAUAGCAUACGUUGGAUGUUUCUACAUUCUUUUCAACGUCAAAGAAAGAGUGUCACAAGCGAAACACUUACAGUUUGUAUCUGGUGUCGACAUCUUUGUUUUCCGCAUCAUGUCAUUUGUUUGUGACAUGUUGACGUACCUUCUCCCAGUUGUGGCGAUCCUAGUUGUGGUAGCUAUUUUCAAACCAGGUUUAUCUACAAGUGAAGAUCUAUGUGUUUUGGCUUCACUCCUAAUAUGUUUUGGUGUAGCUGUACUGCCUCUCACGUAUCUCUUCUCUUACUUUUUCACCAUUCCUUCCACCGGAUAUUCAAGAAUGUUCUUCUUGAGUUUCAUAACAGGAUGUCCAUGCUUAUGGAUCAGUUUGUUAGUGAACCAUCUACAAUGGAAGUAUGCUACUUUGUUCAAUUGGAUAAUGAGAUGUUAUCCCCAUUUCGAUUUCAUAGAGGGCGUUCAAGUGUUGCUCUCUAGAUAUACGUGCAAAUCCCAAAUGAAAUUCUGCCUAAAGACUCAUUCUCGAGAUGAAUGCAUCUCUGUUUUGGCCACUAUUGGCUGCCAUCCAGAUGUCCCCGUCUUCAGUUUAAGCGACGGAGGCGUCGGAAUAGACCUAUUGAUGUUGUUCGCUAUAUCACUCGUAAGCUUCACUAUCUUGUUCUUGAUAGAUUUCAAAAUAGUCACUUACAUGACCUAUCUCGUUCUGAACAUGUUCCAACGGCCGCCCAACAAAACAGAAAACCUGGAUCCAGACGUCUUGCAAGAAAUCGAAUACGUGAACAACCAACCGAUUCGCGACCUUCAAACCAACUUCGCGCUGGUGCUCAAAAACCUAACCAAACACUUCUGCCGGCUGACAGCCGUCAACGGUGUCAACUUGGCUGUCAAGAAGUCGGAAUGUUUCGGCUUGCUGGGCGUGAACGGAGCCGGAAAGACGACUACGUUCAGGAUGAUGACCGGCGACGAGAUCAUCAGUUACGGGGACGGUUGGAUCAACGGUUACAGCAUCAGGAACCAGAUGCAGAAAGCGUACAAGUUCAUAGGUUACUGUCCUCAGUUCGACGCGCUGUUGGACAACCUGACCGCCAGGGAAACGUUGAAGAUAUUCAGUUUGAUCAGGGGUAUACCGAGGGAUGAAUGCAAUUUUACUGCCGAGAGGUUGGCGCUGGACUUUGACUUUAUGGAACACUUGGAUAAGGAGGUUUCUCAGCUGAGCGGUGGUAACAAGAGGAAGCUGAGCACUGCUAUAGCUCUUAUUGGAGAUCCACCGGUGAUUUUUUUGGAUGAGCCGACGACUGGCAUGGACCCUGCGACGAAGCGCCACCUAUGGAACAACUUAUCCAGGUUACGAGAAAGCGGCAAAUGCAUCAUACUCACCUCCCACAGCAUGGAAGAAUGCGAGGCCUUGUGCACCAGAUUGACAAUAAUGGUUAACGGCAACUUCCAGUGCCUUGGAUCCGUUCAACAUCUCAAGAGCAAAUUCGCCGAAGGGUACUGCGUAACUCUCAAGAUAAGAAAACCGGAAAACAGCAGCGGGUUCGAGCACUCGGACACCACCGCAAUAGAGAAUUUCAUGAAACAGAAUUUCCCUGCCUCCGAAUUGAGAGAGAAGCACCAGGAGCUAUUGACGUAUUACAUCAAAGACAGGACCAUAACGUGGUCUAAGCUUUUCGGUGUGUUGGAGCAGUCCAAGAACCAUUUGGACAUUGAGGAUUAUUCUGUCGGGCAGGCUAGCCUAGAACAGGUUUUCUUAUCGUUCACAAAGGAGCAGCAGUCUGAUGGUGAAGUAAAAGUAAGAUCAGGAUGCUGCUAUUCAUGGUGUUGUUAAACUCGAAUAGUUGCAGUAUUUCAAUAAUCCUUAGAAUUAUCUGUUAAGUUUUGACUAAUUGAUGUUUCAAUAUAAAAGAAUAACAUUUAUUUUUUCGAAAAAGCUUGUUAAAAUUAGAGCACAAUUUAUUUUUUUGUACUUAUUCGCUGGAAAAAAAUGUACUCCAAUUGAAAAAAUGUGAUAUACCAAUCAAGGAGAACCGUGAUUGGUGAUGGCAACUUGAGACAAGGAUCUUUACUCGUCAAAUAAAUUUAUUUUAUCUAAUGUGAUAUAUGUAUUUUCUUAUUAUUAUUAUUAUUGUGAGCAUUUUUUGCUUGAUGUAUUCUCCAAUAUACAAAAUUAAAAAUAUAUCUAAUAUAA